AUGAGUAUGUUCUCUCGGAUUGUAGCUGGUGUUGCAAGGCGGGAGGCUUCAAUAAAUACCCUCGCUCUCCCAUCGGUACAUACCCGACUUAUAUCUGGUAGCAGCGGCAUCGACAAAUAUGUCGCACCCUACCCAACCCUCCCAAGGAUCGAGCCCAGCAGUUCUCCGACUCAUGCAGCCCAAUCUACUGGAAGUUCGUCUGAUAUAUUCAGCGGACUGACUACUGCCUUGCUCUCCACAGAAAUAACCCCAAGUGACCGUUGGAUCAGUGUUCACGAUGGUGUACUCAGGGAACCAAAAGCGCCAGGAAAUGUCUAUACCGGACGGUCAGUCCCAGUCACCGAUUUGAUGGACGUCCCCUCAGCAUAUCGACGGCUGCAUUCGAUAUUAAACCGAAACCGGGUUCGGUCGGAGCUCUAUCUCCAAAGGCGCUAUGAGAAACCUUCGGAUAGGGAGCGAAGGUUGAAGAGUGAACGGCAUAGACGAAGGUUUGCUGCUUGGGCGUGGUUAAGCAGCAAGGCGCAAGUGUUGGCCGCGGGUGGGUAG